UUUUAUGAAUUUUAUCUGAUUUUAGGGUAAAACAAAUAGUCAUAAAGAAAACUGUUAUUGCCACAAGAGAGGUUUGAAAUUCUUAAACAUCUCGGAUUCUGACACUCGGAGUGCAUUUCAUUAUCUUCCGGAAAACAUCUUUGGGACACAUUCUUGAUCAAGAGACGUCACAGACUUUGUUCUCCGGCACAAAUUCCCCCCCAAAGAAAAAAAAGGUUUGGUCAAAGGUUUUGGAAAACACUGUUUAAUUUAUCAAGAAACUACUCCUGGAAAUAAAAAAGUUGCUGGACUGUUGAGUUUUUCUGGAUUCAGAUUGAACAAGAACACCAUCUCUGGUGGAUUUCAGCUUCGCUAAGGCAAGGGCCAAAUCAGGUGAUGGCGUGGCUCCAGGUAUGGACAACUGGACUCAUCGUCCCUCUUCUCAACUUUGUCGCCUUUGCUCAAGACUCUGGCCUUUCUGGGGUGGUACCAGAAAGACCACAAUCAGACAUAAUUGUGAAGAAAGAAUCCUAUCCGCUGCUGCGCAGACAGAAGAGAGAAUGGUUGUGGAACUCCCUUUAUGUGAUAGAAGAGAACCCUGUACAAUUCCCCUUUCAGAUAGGACAGCUUAAGUCCAGCAAGCAAGUGGCGGUGAAGUCGUUUACAAUAGAAGGCGAAGGAGCAAACACCAUCUUCACGGUCAACAAGAAAGGAGGCGAACUCUAUGUCAACACUCUUCUGGACAGAGAAGAGAAAGCUCAGUAUCAUUUGACGGCUAAGAUGUACGAUGGGAACGAGGUGUUGGUAGAGAGCGCCGGGGACUUUAUUGUCCAAGUGACGGAUAUCAACGACAACUGCCCCGUUUUUUCAAAGGAAUACAAAGGAUCUGUCGUGGAGCGAAAGAAGGGGACGGUGUUUGAGGUGACGGCGACUGAUAAAGAUGAUCCGACCACUGCCAAUGCAAUGCUUCAGUACUCUCUAACCAGAGAUGCAGAGACUUGGGAUCUCUUUGAAAUCCACCCAAUUUCAGGUAUGAUCACCUCCAAGACAACCAGCCUGGACCGGGAGAAAAAGAGUCAGUAUGUGCUGAGGGUGGAAGCGAGGGACAUGAAUGGAAGGCCCUCUGGCUGCCUCAACACCACCACGGUCCCCAUCACCAUCACAGACAUCAAUGACAACAUGGCAUCUUUCAGCAAUAGGAAAUAUGAGAUCAGUGUGAAAGAAAACCAUAAACUUGACGAGGAGAUCGGCAAACUGACAGUCAUGGAUAGAGAUGAGCCUGAGAACAAGCAACCCCUAUUCUCCAUCUUAAGUGACGGCGGGAAAACAUUCAACGCUAACCCUGAUCAGAAUAAGGACUGCAUCCUGGUGCUCAAACAGGCUUUAGACUAUGAAACACGGACUAGCUACACUUUUACCGUCAAGUUGGAGGAAGUGCUGCACUCCCUUCCCGCAGACAAUGUUAACGAAGCAAUCACAUCAGCACAGGUUACUAUCAGGGUGAUGGAUGUCGACGAGCCGCCAAUUUUCAACUCUUACAACUAUAGCUUCAGUGUCUACGAGGAGCAGCUAGAGAGCACAUUAUUAGGAAAAAUCCAGGCCAGAGACCCCGACAGAGCCAACAAGCGCAUAGAGUACUCCAUUCCAGAGACAGGCUUACCCUUCAGCAUCCACCCAUUCAGCGGUGAGUUAUCCCUUCUGAGAAAGCUGGACAGAGAGACGAAGAAAGAACACACGUUUGCAGUUAAGGCGCAGGAACAGAACAGCGAUUUGCAGUCACUGGUGAACAUUACCAUAAAUGUUCUGGACAUUAACGAUAACAUGCCUGAACUGAUUGUGGAUGACAUCUACGUGUGUGAGAAUGACGUCAAAAACACAGUAAUUGGUAGAUUGGAAGCCUUAGACAAAGAUGAUCAACAAGCUACCUUCACUUACAGUCUACUUCCAAACUCCAACUUCUCCCUCAAAGACAACGGUGACGGAACAUCCAAUUUACUGGUGAAAAAAGGACCUUUCAACCUGGAGGACUCCAGUGAUUACAGUGUGGAGGUGCGCGUCAGUGACGGAGGUCAGCCUCCGUUGAGCAGCGUCACCAAAGUGCAGAUAAAGUCAUGCCAGUGUGAUGCUAAUCGAGUUUAUUCAAAGUGCAAGGCCAGUAAACUGAGGAUGGGAGUCAGUGUCCAUGCCCUGAUAGCAAUACUUCUUUGCAUACUGACCAUUCUGGUAAUAGUGAUCCUGUUUGUGAUGAGGAAACACUAUCAGAAGGAUUCUCUCGCCAGUUUGAAGAACAUCGGUGAAAUCCAUGAGCAGCUGGUCACAUAUGAUGAGGAAGGAGGGGGAGAGAUGGACACCAAUGGCUACGAUGUCUCAAUCCUCACUUCGGCGUGUAACGAUGGAUCCCUUCUCCGCCAUCCUGACCGUUUCUCACACCCUUCCAUGUAUGCCAUGGUCCAGAAACCACCUCACCACUCUCAGCCCACCGCAUGCAAAGGCGACAUGGCGGCAAUGAUUGAGAUGAAAAAAGACGAAGCUGACCACGACAGAGACGGAUUCCCAUACGACACUCUCCACAUCUAUGGCUAUGAGGGACCUGAAUCUUUAGCGGGAAGCCUUAGUUCUCUGGAAAGCUCCUCUUCUGGUUCAAACUUGGAUUACGACUUUCUCAAUGAUUGGGGGCCGAGGUUCAAGGCCCUGGCCGAGCUGUAUGGCGUGGAUGGUGCUGACUACUACCAUCAAUACUGAGAAUAAAUGCAGAGUUCCCUAAUGUGCAUCUGAAAAGUGUACAUCUUGUACAUUGGUGAUCAAAAAGAGCCAUAAAAAAAAA